CCAUGUGAAUGUAACGGAAGGACGUUGGAAAGUGACGAGGCCAGUUUAACCGAAGUCAUCAGACAAGAAAUCCCUAUUUUCUACUAUAGCCUACUCAGAUGUGGACAUGUUUAUUGUGAUAUUUUUUUAAAACCCGUGGAUAUACAGGAUUAUUGAAUUGAACUUGAAUUGAAUAAUUGGUUGAAGAAUGUCAGUAGGCUACUGUAGUAUAUAGGCCUCCUGUAAAGUAUUUUUCUAUUUUAUUUUUCAAUUUUAGAAAACUUUUAGUAUAAAACUUUUUUAAUAGUGGGACUAUUGUUUCGUAGGCUAUUGUCUUUUCAAGUGUUUUAAACAUCCCAAGGCACACAGGAACUGGCCAAGCGAAAGUGACUACCGAAUGCGCGCCCUUUGCGGUGUCUGGGAGUCAUUUCUGCUUGGCGUAAAUUACGGACAAGCGCGUCAUUUCACUUGCGAAUCAUAUUAGCCUAUUGAGGUCCGUUCUUUUAUCCUGGGGGACCACUCACAGAGACACGACAUCUGUGUGACCAUGCUACAAAAUGGUAUUGGUAAGGAGAAACCUUCGGAACCGCCGAAGGCUGAGCCAGAACCAGACUUCCCAUCAGAACCUCCAACCCAGCCAGCCCCAACUGACAGCGCAGUGUCGACGGCACAGGAUACGGAUUCCACGCACUUCCCCAUGUCCGUUUACCCCAAAUUGGAGAUAAAGCGUAACGCGGUGACAGACGAUUAUAAGAUAUCUAGUCAGGUCCUUGGGUUUGGGAUCAAUGGGAAGGUUCUGGAAUGCACCAAUAAGAAGACGGGGGAGAAGUGCGCACUGAAGGUAACAUCACCUACCUAUGGAAAUAGGCUGUUGCUCACUCGGAGUUUGAGUCCUGAUGCCAUUUGGUCGUAUUGAGAUUUUGCAUUUUCCCCAGUGAAGAUCAAAUCAACUAGAAAAACUAAUGUUCAACUUAGGAACUUUGACCUGAGUUUCUUAUCAGAUUUCUCUCUGCCUAUACAGAUGCUAUCUAGAACAUAAAAGGGUUAUUUGAUUGUCUACAUAGGAGAACCCUUUGAAGAACCGUUUUUGGUUCCAGGUAGAACCCUUUUUGUGUUCUACAUGGAACCCAACACGGUUCUAACUGGAACCAAAACAGGUGCUCCUAUGGGGACAGCUGAAAAACCUUUUUGGAACCCUUUUUUCUAACAGUAUACUAACUCAUUCACCAUGUGCCAAGUACUAGCAUGACAUUGUAAAUAAGUAUUAUAUUGGGGAAAAGCAAGGAAAGCCAUGGUGGUGUAAUAACACAGUAAUAAACAUGGGCAACUAGUGUCUGUAGUGUACCGGUAUCCAAGUGUGUGUAAUACAUCUUCUAUGUGUGUGUGUGUGCUGACUGGCAGGGGCAUCACCAAAGUUUCAUAACAUUCAGGGCUCAGCCCUGAACACCAGGGGCUGAGGGAGGACGGAGGAAACAACUCAUAGUGGAUACACUAUGAGUUGGAAUUAUAGCCCACCAACUUUCCAGUGGCACUCACUCAUCUUUGUAUUUAUAUUGUGAAAGGCCUUUUAGCUACUGCCUACUGUUCAUUGACAGCCACAUUGACAGCCACAACUCAACAAUCAGCUGUUUGAUAUUUGUGCAUGGGCUGCCCAAUUGCGGGUUUCCGACUGUAGCAGAGCCCCACCUGUUUUGAGCCCCACAUUUUUUGCCAAAAAAACAAAAAAAAACAUGUCCUUUGGCAUUAAUACGUGUCACAUAUCAGUUUGCAAACAAUGUUAAAACAUUUUUAAAAAUAUAUAUUUAAUAAAGCCACUUUUUUGCUUUCUUGAGUAAGGCAGCUCCAAAAUGCAGGUGUUUUAGCCUAGCUCAGUGCUUUCUGUGGUGGUGGGGCAGCCAGCGGAAAAUACGGAGCGUAGGGGUUGGUAAUGUUCUCUAGUUGCGCCGUGAUUGGCUCAGGGUUCUGUCACUCAUGUCACUUCCAAAUCUAAGGGUAGAGCUCGAAAAUUCAAGCCCCUUGGGUGCUGCCAUAGAGUUACAUUAGAAGUGCCCAUCCAAGAAGGCUCAAGGUCAUUGGCCACAGAUAAAAUGACGUCAAAUCACAUUAUAUCUACAGUAGCUUUGAUUGGACUGAUCAUGUCAACAUCAUACUUUCAAAAUUUUAGCUAGCAGUCAUCAUCACGAAUCAACUCGACAAUCUACUGGCAAAUCCUCUUUAAUCCUUGUCAUAUGAAGAGAAAUAAUGAAGAUAAAUUAUAGAUAAAACGUAUCGGUGCUCAUCGGCCAUUGGACGAGGAUAGUGCUGGUAAUGAAGCGCUGGACAUCUUGUUGUUAUGACAUGCAUUAUCUGAAUUAGGCCCACAGAAUUAUACCUACGGAGGAGCAGCUUCUAUGAAAGAACUUUGAAUGUCUUUGAACUUCAAAGAGUUGGUUUAACUAACGUUGGACAUCAGUAGCUACAGCAGACUAUUCAUGCUUCGGAGGGAGGGAGAGUGGCAGGCAGCCUACACACACACUGGUAAAGAUUUUCAGCUGGCAGGCAGGCAGACACUGGAAUACGUUUUUGAGUGACAGUGAGGGCUUUGCAUAGGUGCUUUGUUUUUCGUUUUUUGUGGGACUGGAAAACAAUGCCCAGAACGUAAAAUAAUGUUAUUAACCAGUUCCCGUGCUUUUAAAAUAAUGGUUCUGUUCCAGAACUGUAUAGAUCCCUUUUGUUCUCGGUUUUGGUUCUGUUCCUUGAAAAUGUUCAUUAUUUUCAGGUUUUGGUUCUGUUCGCUGAACCGGCUCCAACCCCUGCACGUGUAUGCUUUGCAUGUUACUAUUCUGGUUGAGCGGCAACAACAUUGGCAUGAAGCAAGACACUGUUAGCCUACUGAGCUAAAGCAUAAGUUUUCUCAUCACACACCACACAAACUCAUGUUGUUCUGGCCAAGCAAUGGAAAGCUGUCACCUGUCAGUACAGGGUUACAGAGGCAGAGAUUUACUGCCUACAGCAGGGGUACUCAAAUACUAUUUCAGAAGGUCUGGUCACACAAUUUCCUAGGUGGCAAAGGUCUAGAUGGAUAUUGUUAUUUAUCGGCGUAGUAACAAACCCCCAACUGCGCAACCCUUGCAAACCCAAAUUGUUCACAACCAUCUUGUUGGCAGAUAAAAUGUUUUUGCAAUUCUACACUUUUGCCAUGUAACGAAGGGAAAAUGUAGCAGUUUUAAAGCUCUUUUCUCUUUUAUGUGUGUUCAUAUGAUACCAGGAGUUGAAUCUCGACUGAAUUCAUAAUAAAUAAAUACCUAUAUUAUUUUAAUAGUCGGGACCCGUGGUCCGUAUUAACCCUGUUCUUGGUCCAGAUCUGACCCGCGGUGCUCCUUUUGAAUAUGGCUGGCCUACAGUAAUCCAGACGGAUCAGAAUCCCCAAACCAGGAGCAUAGAGUCACACACAAAGGACAAGAGGGGGGCGGGGGUCAGGAUAAAAAGAUUGGAUACAGUACAGAAUCGGAGAAGAGAGAGAUAGGAGAAGGGAAGAGAGCAGGUCAUUUUACAGGGGAUGGCAGAAAAAAUAGUAUUAUGUGUCCGGAAUUGUCCUGAAUUCAAAUCAAUCUUGUCAAUCUAGAGUUUUUCAAUUUAAAUUAUUAUACAAAAUUCUUGCAACCAAUAGAAUGUUAUAUAUAUGGGGGAUACAACCAUCCCAGCUCUGCAGAUUUUGCUGCGAAGAGACAGAAUCAUUAGAUAAUUUGUUUUGGUAUUGUCCAUAUGUAGCUUGUUUUUGGUUGCAGGUUCAGGAAUGGCUGAAGAAUUGCAACAUUUACCUGGAGCUAACUCUGCAAAUAGCACUGCUGGUGAUUUGAAAAGUCAUAGUCAAUCUAUCAAUAAUGUAAUAAUACUCUUAGCAAAAAUGUGUAUCUUUAAUUUACAAUGUGUAGAAACUAUGAGAAUAGAAAGAUUCAGAACAUUUGUGAAACAUAAGUUGAAAAAUAUAUGGCAAAUAGAAAUCAAAACUGGAUGGUGUUCAGAGAUAGAUGGAAGGGGUUGAGGGUAGCUGAAGGAUGAGACUAAAAACAAACAAAAGAUAACUAUUGUAAAAUAUACUGUGUCCGUAAAAUGGAUAUAGUAUGAAUAAGCCGGAAGUAGAAGUCUAAGUGUUGUUGUCCAUUAGUUUACUCCAAUUAGAGGGGGGGUGGCAGGGUUAGGGGAAAAUAAUAAAGGAAAAUAUAUAUUUUUUAUUUAUAUAUUUUAUAUAUAUAUUUACAAAAAAAGAUAUGGGGGAUUGGAAGUGAUGCAGACAAUUUCAUUGAUGGAAGCCACAAUCUAUCUGCAGUAUUAAAGCUGAUCUAUCCCCUAAAAAAAUAUAUAAAAUAAACUAUUAUUAUUAUUAUUAGAGGUUAUUUCCAGUGUUUGAGACAACAUACAGCAGAGUGCAAUCAGUCAGGACUGAAUGUUGGCCUGCUGACUUACAUUGUCUGGUAUAGUUGCCUAUUGCUCAUAAGAAGCUGUGUUAAGCAUUUUAAUUGCAAUCAUAGCUGGGUGUCUCACCAGGUGCCUGAUCAUAACUCCCACGGUCAGAGAGGACCCGGAGCAGGUCACAGCAAAGAUGAUCUAUUAUAUUCACAAGAUGGUUGACUGACCACUCUAACAAUGGAAAUACAUGUCCGCAAAGGCGAAAGAUAGGCGGGAGGAGGCGAGAUCAGGUGGGAAAGUUCUAGCUAGCCAUUGAUAUUUCGUAGAAAACAUAUCAAUACACUUGUAAAAAACCUAAUUAUUAUGAAACUUCUAUUUGUUCAAAUAAGCCUCACCUAUCAAAAUAGCAAUUCACUUUUUAUCUUGACCAAAUUCGACACUCUCUCAUUGCCCCCCAUACAAAAACUCCUUACUUGGUCUGCUUAACACUAUAAUCGUUAAGCAGACCAAGUCUGCUUAAUCUGUGCAGACUUCGCCUCUUCCUCUCUGGUCACGGUGACCAGGAACUACCCAUGGAUCCACAGGGCAAAGCUGCCCUACAUGGGCUCUCACUCAGAUCCAAUUUAAGAGCU